CUCAAUUUUUUUCCUGAUGACUGACACCUUAUGCAGUUAUGAAAAUGUCGUGUUGUUGUUCGAUGAACUAACUUUCUGUUACCUUUUCUGUUAUAAGAUGUCUUUAGCGUGGGCGGUAUUCAGGCGAUCUGUUAAUGUUUAGAAUAAAAUUAUAAAAUGAUCUGUGGGCAUGCCAUUUCAAACUUCUUGGGUAAUUUUGACAUAAUUCAAAUGGAAAACUUCCUUUGUUAGUGUCAAUUGUAUGUAAGUUCGUCUUUCCAUUAUUAAGGAUAGGAUUCCAUGUUGACAAAUAGAUCAUUCUGUCUCUUUUCAUGGUUUUUCUCUUCUAUUUUGGAGACGCUGAUUGAAGCCGGUUUUAUUAGCCUUGCGACCUUUGUACUCGUGCUUGGAGACAGAUCAAUACGUUGCCUGAACUACCUGAUUGAAAGAAAGGUGUUGAAAUAUGAUCGUCGUCAUUUUUUCAUCAGAUAAGCCAUAAAGAAAGUAGCCGCAUAUUAUCAUAACAAUACUAUAAAUGUUCAGUGAUUGAUAUAUUAAACUAGUGAACAAUUAUCAAGAUGUGCGAAUUAAAGAUAAAAAUCAACGGCCUGCUUGGCCGGUUAGUGUGAUAUAACAUAAUUAGAGCUUGUUUUGUUCACCCGAAACACUCACAUAAUUGAACUCCAUUCGUAAAGUUUCACUUAACUUCGUCGAGAGGCUUGUAAAAUGGCCGGCUUUCGUGUGCCCUUCACCCAACUUCCAGCGCUGGCUUGUUUGGACUUUCUGCAGCCCCCAGACUCGUACAUGGUCGGAUCUACUAUGCCGCCGACUUCGUGCACCUUAGGCUUCCGUGGGGCACCGCCCCACGGCUUUUUCAAAAGUUCACCUCACGCUUCGGCUCUGAGAGACAGUGACCAAGUUAUUCACACCGUGCCGCAAAGAGAUUCUAGCGAGUUGGACAGCAAUAUUAUGCCAAGAUCUUGCUAUGAAGGAGCCAUCUUCACAGGCAGUACAUUAUCAUCUACGGUCCAGCAUGGAAUGCCUCCUCAAGCUUGGGAUAACUCCCAUCAAGACUUACACGGUGCCCAACUAACCUUUCCCAGAAAAGACCACAGUGUAGGCAACUUGAAUGCUCAGAGUUUUGCUUCAAGCUACGAUGCACCGCCAGGGUUUGGAAUUGCUAUGGAUCCACCCAUCACCUAUAGCCUGGCUCUGCCUGCGGCUCAUAGCCCACUAAAGUGCUGCUGGGUAAUUCAGAAUGACGAGAGAGAACAUAGUUCUGUGUGCAAUCAAGUGUUCGGCACCAUAGACCACUUGGUAGGCCACGUCACUGAGCUUCAUGUUUACAACAGCACUUCCCUCCGAUAUAUAUGCCGUUGGAAGGACUGUCCCAGGAACGGGCUACCAUUCAAGGAACGCUACAGGCUAGUGAACCAUCUACGGGUUCACACUGGAGAGAAGCCUUUUCUGUGCGUGUAUCUCGGAUGCGGUAGGCGAUUCUCACGGGCGGAGAAUCUGAAAAUACACACGAGGACACAUACUGGGGAAAAGCCAUUUCUGUGCACUUUACCCGACUGUGGACGCCGUUUUGGCAACUCAAGCGACAGGAAAAAGCACUCGCAUGUGCAUGCCUCAGAUAGACCUUACUUGUGUCGAUUGAAAGAGUGUAAGAAGCGCUACAGUGAGGUUAUGUCACUAAGGAAACAUAUGAAGUUGCACGAAGAGAGAGGCGAUGUCUUCUAAGAAACGAAGAAUACGACCUCUGCAAAUACUCGAUGAAAAAAAAGCAAGUUUGUUCAUCUUCUGUUUUGUCAAAAGCACUAUAGUGUUGUGUUGUACUUGUUGAGUAUAGAGUUGAACGUGUGAUUUGAAAGGUAUUAGGGCUAUAUUAGGUCACUUUUCUUUCUCUUGCAAAGGAGAUUUUAGUAGGUAACGUAAUCGCGCUUUAGUUAAAACAUAGGCGCUAGGUGAUUAAACUUAACAAAAAUGAAAACAAUGGAGGAUAGCUAAAAACUGUGCUCAUUGUUUCAUUCUACUUAUAUCCCUUUGUUGUCUCCCACGUCCAUGUCUGUAAUAGUAAGGGUGCAGCAUGCAUCUUAUCAUAGAGAUAAAGAAAUGUUAAUUUUCUUUUGUACUGUGAAAGUUUACGUCGGGGGCGAAUCGCGUAUUGAUAACUUGUCAAACUAAUUUUAGGGUUGCUUUUUUGACCUUUUUUUUCUCGUCAAAUUCGGCAUCUUUGUGUACUUUUCUGAUCUCCGUUUGAACUCUUGAAACAGCUGAACUAUUGCCUUCUUUGCGCCCUAAAAAUUAGAAGUGAUAAUUUUGUUGUAAAACAAAACUUUGGUUGAACGACUAAGGAGAAAAUAAACGUGCAAAAGGAAUAUGCUGUCCCUUCCUGCGAACUGUUUCUAAAGGAGAUGUUGCAGAGACUGUUAGGUUACCCAUAUGUGGCACCUAUUCGGUGAUACUUAAUCAAUUGACUGUCGGGGAAAAAAGAGCGAAAAGAAAAGAUGAAAACAGAAAGUUUUAAAAUUUCGCAGUGUGAUCUUCGAGAGUCAGUGCGUAACUCUUUUGGGUGUAUCCUUCGUUUAUGCUAAGUAAAUGCUCUUUCCUCGCGUUAACACAGAAUCAUUGUUUCUUUUUUUUCGUCAUCUAUCGUUGUCGAACAUCUGCUGUAUGCAAUGAUACUGUCAGUUAGAAUGUUUUCUUUGUAUCAUGAUCCAAAAUAUCGCUCGUAUUAAUUUUCCUUUUGAAGAGGGCAAUGGUUCAUACUUUUGAGUUACGAGGUCGUCCUUUGGCUCCUUAAUUUAUUUAAACCAAACUCAUUUCAGGUUAUCCUGUAAUAAUUACAGAAGAGAUAAUUCCAUCAACGUCUUUCAUUUUAUGAGACUUAAAAAAUAUGUAGAUUAGAUACCUCCAAGAUCGGAGUGAUAGUCAUCUCGAAAGGCGAUGUCCGACGAAAACACACUGUAUGGGCAUAUUCAUGGACGUAGGACAAAUCAUGACAAGGUUCAAAAAUUAAUUGGUGACUUCUGCUUAAGAUCAGCUCUUAGAAGAGAUGCUCAGCAUGCAAUGGGAGGACUUUAGUGGGAGAUAGAAAUAUGGAAGUCGCGAUGCGUGGGAAGGGAAAUAGAAAAAUUCAAAAAUGAUAAGGUAAAUUACUGACAUGUAGAAAGCAGAUCAGAAAGAAGAUACAAAGUAGGCAAAACAGUCUGCAAACGUCUUCUGUGUUGCCUUUCUAAAACUGGAUAUCCAGAGCAAAAUUAUGCAGAUUAAAGUUGAGAUUCUUCUCUGUAAACUGCGCAAUUCGUACUGCUAAUUUAAAACGUAAAGAAAUUUCAUGAGUUUUAUCUGUCUUUGCGUUUGAAUAUCGAUCGAUCUGUCUGACCAAAAUCGACUCGUCUCCACAUCUUUUAGUUUCUCCUCACUUGCAUUUCUGAAAAAAUUCUAUAUCUCAUUCUUCUCCGCACAUUAAUCUGAUGAAAACAUUUUUUCCACUUACCU